UCGGCAGUACGCGUUCACACGCCGGCGCGUACGCACGUGCCGAUCGAUUCGAAGUAGCGUUGUUUACACGAUACGUAGUAAGACUCGAUCGUGGAUGGUGAAAAUUGUGUGAAAGGAGUAGAUACAAUAAAUUAAAUAAGUUUUAACACCGAGAUGAAGGUACUUACGGUAGAAGAUAAAGUUGUUAGUGUGGGGAAUGAAAGAGAGCCUACUGUAGACGUUGAAGUACCGAAAUCUAUAAGGGAAGAAUUAAACAGAGGUUGUCCCCUGGGAGUUUCCCGUGUGAUCGACUCAGUAUACAUAUGCGGUGCCCAUGCUUUGCCCGGAGCUGUCAAGGCAUUAAGACCAGGUCUAGUGGUUAAUGCUGCUCCAGAACUACCACCGCCACCAGAAGACUAUGUUCCCAGGCAUUAUGUACCACUCCUAGACACACCUAAUUCAGAUAUGCAUCCUUAUAUGGAAAGCGUUGCAGACUUAAUACAUGAAGUAGUUGCAAGAAACGAGGAAGUACUAGUACAUUGUGUGGCAGGAGUAUCUCGCUCAGUCACCCUUUGCUUGGCGUAUCUGGUGAAAUGGCACAAGAUGACCCUGAGGGAUGCUUACCAUCACAUGAAACGCAGAAGGCCACAAAUCCGACCGAACACAGGAUUCUUCAAACAGCUCAUAAAAUACGAAGAACGACUAUUUGGAGAGGCGUCAGUUAAAAUGGUGUACUGUGAUGCGAUUGACAAAGAGAUUCCUGAUGUAUACGAGCCAGAUUACAGCGGCAUGACGUGGUUCAGACAACGGUAUGGACCUAUUGAAAAUAGCUAGCCGUAAAACAGUCGCGUUAAUUAUUCUACGAUUAUAAGGCACUGAUGUAAUAGUCUUAAGUUGAAAUGCUUGGAGUAAUUGGGUUAUGCACGCUAUUUAUAAGACUGAGGAAUGAGUGUGAACGAUAAUGCCUAGUUUAGGUACUUUUAGCAAUUAAGGAAUCUUUAUGAGUUAUGUUACGUUUAUGAAGAAGCGUUGUAAAUUAUUUGUGCUGUAUAUUAAAAUUGUGAUAAUUUAUGUAAUUUUGUGUAAGCAAUAUUAUGUUAAGGGACCAAAUAAAUGGAAAUGAUUUUUA